AAACUAUGUUGUAAGAGCAUAUUAAUUUCUAAUUAAUUUCAGCUCCAAAUCUCAAUAGUUUGAGUGCAGACACUGAUAUAUCUUCAUAAUCAUCAGUGAGAGAUGCUCACUUAUGGUAAAAAUGCUCUAUUUUAGCUUAUAAUGUAAAGCUCCAGUAUUCCGUCUGUGCAAUGAUGUGUGAAGAGGUUUCUCACUGACCAUCUUCUAGCUGAUACACGUACACUAAAUCACAUUAAUCUUUCUUCAGUUUGAAUACAAUGUAUUGUUUCUGUCAUUUAUGUGUUCCAUAUAAUUUGUCAUUGUUGCCAUUUCUUUUACAUUCAAGUGAAAGAAAACUACACAGACACCCCAGUGUGAGAUUAGCUGCUGUAAAGAGAAGUCACUGCAUUUCCAUCUUUUAAAAAUCAAACUCAGUGUACCUGUGGCUCACAUAUACAACAUUUACUUCUCUUGAAAUAGCAUGAACUCUGCUCUAACACCAUGUAUUGCUCAGGGAUGAAAUAUUCUAGGUAUAACAUUUGCUUUUUACACAUAUCCUUUGCUUAGGUGCCCUCCUUUAUUUUUGGUAUAUAUUUCCCACAAAUUUUUGUAGCUUUCUGGCUGGUAAAUACCAACGUAUUGUACACAUACCCUGCUUCGGCACUUAUGGGAGAAGAUUGAAUACUAGCAAGUUGAGUUUACAGAAAACCCCAAAUGAAUAAUAAUCAUUAACAGGAUGGAUUAGCUGAAAGCUGGAAAACAACUUUGUGUACCUAUAUGCCCUGUGAGAAGGGAUGAAGUGUCAUAGUAUUAUAGAAUCAACAGGGUCAGAAAAGACCUCCAAGAUGAUCCACCACCAAUAUUUCUCCACUAAACCAUGUCCCUUGGUACAACAUCUAAACGUUUUUUGAACACCUCUGGGGAUGGUGGCUCAGUCACCUCCCUGGGCAGCCAGCUCGUUCCAGUUCCUGACCAAAAAGUAGCCCAAAGAAAUCUAGCACUCCUGAAUGCUUUUGUUUAGUGUCUGUUCCAAUGAAAUAGGUAGAGAAACAACAUUUUUCUUCAGCUAGAUGUAUUGAAAGAAGAAAGAGGUCAAUUAGUCUCAGAAGGCUUUUCAUGUGUAUAGUGUUAAUUAUAUAGAAGGGAAUUUCCUCACGUGAUUUAAACAGCUCUCAAUUAAGCAGUGAAUACAUUUUGAAAGAAAGUAGCGUUUCUUUCCAAAGGAAGUUUUAUUCUAGAUCUGGCGUAAUUUGAUUCUCUGAGUCCCAUCUCUUGUGUAAAAUUGAAGGCACCCCUUCCAUGGUGCUUUGAGCUCGGUGACACCCAGCUCUUAUAUUCUUCACUAGCUUAUUAUCCCUCAACUUCUUCAACACUUUCUCACUGGUCUUUUAACUCCACAUAAUUGUUAAUGCUUUUAAAACGUCAAAAGGAGCGUUUAUGUUUUUACAGUAGUCCUAGUCCUUAUUUAUCCUUUUGUGAUAUUUUUUCUCUAACCUUAUGUAAGCUGCUAUAUCCUGUAUUACUUUUUUCUCUUUUAAAGUAAUUUCCCUUCACUUGCUUCGCUCAGACUAGAGUGUUUAUAUGAAAUCUGUGUGCUGUGAUCUUUUUCUUUCUACCUCCCAACUUGAGCCUGUUGGACCGUGUCAGCCAAAAUAGAAGGAACAGUGUCAAUCUCAAGGCUGUCAGAUUCUUAUUGAUUUUAUGAAAAUCAUUGAAGUUGAUCGGGGGAAUGGCCCUCAGCCAGCUGGUUACCCUCCUCUUUGUGAGCGACUAUCAUGAGCAGGUUGGUAGUGUGCCGGGCUGUGACUGGAGGAACCUCAGAGUUCACACUGUGGAUGUGAAGUCAUGUACGGUGCCUGUGUGAGAUCAAUUAUUCGCAACUGCUCUUGACGUACCCCAACUGGUUGACUCUGAAUUGAGCUCUGUAAAGUCCUAAGAUAUGUGGAGCAGGCUUCAAUCUGUGCUCAUCAGUGAAACUUUGUUAGAAGCUCGUGUCUGUGCUGAUUGACACACGAUGCCAGGGCUUGGCAGCAGUGAGUUUGUUGACGUUUAAUGUCUGUUGGCAUAACUGUACAGAGACUUUAUUUAAGGGGGGGUAAACUGCAGAAGAGGGAUGUAUUUUUAAACUUGUGUCUUAUAGCGGCCCUGUGCUGAAAUUAUAACUUUAUUAUUAAUUUAUUCUAUUUUGUUUUUUAAUUUUAGAGGAGAUCGGGAGGAUUAGCACUUUUUAUUCUCCAAUGUCUUUUCUAAAAGAUGGUUCAACAGGAUGUUUGGGGAAAAUGUGACAUUAUUUGGCUUUGGCAUUCCAGCAGAGCUUAAAGUGGUUCCAGAAUGCCAUCUUAUGCGUUUCCUUCUGCUCUGAAUGUCAGGAGCAAUUCAUGUUGUUGACAGCUAUGUCAACAUGUGAAGCUGAAUGAAGGAUAGGAACUAAACAACAAGCUAAUAAUAGAGGAGGCAAGGAAGUGAGAACUGAACACUUCGUUAGUAAACUUUCUCACUGUCAUGAGUAAGAGGGCCAAACAGCUCGAGCAGCCUUAUCUGUUCCUGCAUGCGCCUUGUUGACAGUGUUCUAACGGAAGAGAGCUGUUCAUAUGUGCAUUUUGUGACUAUGAGAAGUUACCCAAGUCAUAUGCAUGCUGAACUGCAUACAAAAGCUACUCUGUUUCAUAUCUGUUUUGCUUAUUCAUGUGCUGCAGGUUAAACUUUUGCUUUAAAAAGAACUCUCAAGAAUGGCCCCAUAUCUACCCAUUCCGUAUGGCAAAAUAUGGCCCCACAUGUACCCAUUCCAAAUGGUAAAAGUGCUUUUUGUCUCCCAGUCAAUGAAGAGGCAUCAUAUUAAUUACUGUUUGUUGCAUCGUUGUUGGUUCAGUGGUUACGACAUACCCUGAGAUACGCUAACUGGCAACCCCAGCACAGGCUGUUGAAGGCAUUUAUUUUGAGAUAUGCUUAGUCAUCUCUCUGCCAGCCCCCAGCAGGUUGUGGGCACUGCUCCUUGUUUUUCAUAGUAAAACAGACAAAUAAGCUUAUCUGGAAGCCAGCAGAAAAACAGUCUGUGGUAGUGAGGGGUGUGACGAUGCAGUGCUGUAUUAUUGCCCUAGUGUAUUACGUACCACUAGCAGAAAUCAGAGAAUACAGUCCAAGUCCUGUUAUGCGGUGGUAAAUCUAACAGUUUACAUCACACAGGUAUGGAGUGACUGCUAAAUAUGGGAGAAGCAUGUGUAAGAGGAUCUUUAUUAGAAGGGAGUACGAUAGAGCUCUUCUGUGACCUGAAAAAGAACGUUCAGCUUUGAAUCAUUCUUCACUGUUGUAAAGCUUUAAUACAGAGGCUCUUCUUUAUUUUGUCUUUUUCUGGUAGUUAAACUCGCUUGUUUGUUUUACUUGUGGUUCAGUUUAGACUGUGUAAAACAGACUGGUAUCCUUAAUUGUGCUUAUUUUUUUUCUUUUCAGGAUGGCUAUCUGUGCAAAUAUACUGCAUUGUUACAUAAAUUAUUGAAUUGUUACAUAAAUCAAAAUAUUUCCCUUACCAGAACUGAAAUGCUUUUAAUGGGGACUUCUGCUUCUGAUGCCUUGACUCUUCUGAAGACUUACUUUGUUGCGUGGCUUAAAAGAAGAUGAUACUAUUAAUGAAUUGUGAACAUCCUUCAGGAGGCUGGCAGCCCUUCAGUGCUUGGUUAAUGCUGUCAUGGACAAGUUCAAAGGCUCUAUUUCAAAACACCACAAGCUGUUAUUGCACCUUAUAAAGGACUCCUGACCUUUUGCAUCUUCAUGAGUCAUAUCUAGAUGCCACCAGUGUUUCCCAUGUUAACAGUUCUGAGCAUGUUUUACUAUAUGUGCCUUCGGCGCCGAGCUAGGACAGCUACAAGAGGGGAGAUGAACAGCCGGAGGGCUAUUGAAUCAAACACCCGAGCCUUACCUAUCAAUGUUGAGAUAGUUCAGUAUGCCAAAGAAGUGUUGGAUUUCAGCUCUCAUUAUGGUAGUGAAAACAGCAUGUCUUAUACCAUGUGGAAUCUGGCAAGUAUUCCAAACGUGUACCCUAGCUCUGGUGACUUUACUCAGACUGCUGUGUUUCGAACUUAUGGGACUUGGUGGGAUCACUGCCCUAGCGCUCGGCUGCCGUUCAAGAGGACUCCAACCACCUUCUGUAGCCAGGACUAUGUGGAACUUGCUUUUGAGGAGCCAGUGUAUCCCACUGCAGUGCACAUUCUGGAAACGUAUCAUCCCGGAGCUGUAGUUAGGAUUUUGGCGUGCUCUGCGAAUCCUUAUUCACAAAACCCACCGGCUGAAGUAAGGUGGGAAGUCCUCUGGUCUGAGGCACCUACAAAAGUGAAUGGUCCCCAGGCUCGGCAAUUCACACCUAGUAUCAAACAAAUCAGCUUUCCCACAAACUUAAUUCGACUGGAAGUGAACAGUUCUCUUCUGGACUAUUACACUGAAUUAGAUGCAGUAGUACUACAUGGUGUGAAAGAGAGACCCGUGCUCUCACUUAAGGCUUCAAUGAUUGAUAUGAAUGAUAUUGAUGAAGAUGAGGAUGAAGAAAAGUAUGGCUGUGGAAUGGACACUCUUAACAAACAGCUCAGCAUUGUUGCCCUCAGAGAAUGGCCAAGUAAUGGAUACUUUGAUAAGCUGCCUUAUGAGCUUAUCCAGUUGAUUUUGAGUCACCUUACCGUACCUGACCUGUGUAGACUAGCACAAACCUGUAAGCUGCUGUAUCAACAUUGCUGUGAUCCUCUGCAGUACAUUCAUCUCAGUUUACAACCUUACUGGGCAAGAAUUAAUGACACAUCUCUGGAGCACCUACAGUCUCGCUGCACUCUCAUCCAGUGGCUGAAUUUGUCUUGGACUGGAAACAGGGGAGCCAUCUCUGUUUCUGGAUUUAGCAGGUUCUUGAAAGUUUGUGGCUCUGAACUGGUACGUCUUGAGUUGUCUUGUGGCCAUUUCCUCAAUGAAACGUGUUUGGAGGUCAUUACUGAAACGUGUCCUAAUCUUCAAGAAUUAAAUCUCUCGUCAUGCGAUAAGAUACCACCUCAAGCUUUCAACCACAUAGCCAAAGUGGGCAGCCUCAAGCGUCUCAUUCUUUACCGAACAAAAGUGGAGCAAACAGCCCUGCUCAGUAUCCUGAACUUCUGCUCAGAGCUUCAACACCUCAGCUUGGGCAGCUGCGUCAUGAUUGAAGACUAUGAUCUUAUAGCAAGCAUGAUGGGAGCAAAGUGCAAAAAGCUCCGCAGUCUGGAUCUGUGGAGAUGUAAAAACAUAACUGAAAAUGGAAUAGCAGAGUUGGCUUCAGGCUGCCAGCUUUUGGAAGAACUUGAUCUCGGCUGGUGCCCCACGUUACAGAGCAGUACAGGCUGCUUCACAAACCUCGCACGUAAACUUCCGAACUUGCAAAAGCUCUUUCUCACGGCCAACAGGUCUGUGUGUGACACAGACAUCGAAGAGCUUGCAGCUAACUGUGCUCAUUUACGACAGCUAGAUAUAUUGGGGACGAGGAUGAUCGAUAACAGAGUUGUCCUAGAACUGAAUGCCAACUUUCCUAAUGUGUUCAUAAAGAAGAGUUUCACCCAGUGACUCGCUCCAUAUGCUGCUAUGGAAUUCCUUAAACAGUUAUUUCCUGUGAAUUUGUGCUGAUUUUUUUAAGAAGAAUUCCUAUGAAGUAGUGGAUUGUAUUAAUUAUCUGCACAAAUGGGUAAAAUACAUUUUAAAUUUAAAUAUAUUAUGCAUUUCUUAGAGCUGAUAUUGUACCUAAUAAUUGUUUUACUCUGUUAAUCGGUGGCACUGCAUGUUUUUAAAUGCUAGCCAUAUGUAUGGCUUUAAUGGCAAGAAAAUGAGAAACACCUUACAUGUCCCUUGAUAGGGUGUUAUACCCAGCAAACUAUGUUAAUAUCUAGAUAAAAGAAAACGUUGAGCAUUUACCAGUAAGAAAAAAUAUGGGUGCUUCCUUUUUUAUUUAUGUGUAUAUGUGUAUAUAAAUGUAUGCAGAUAUACAUGCAUGCAUACAGUAGCAUUUUAAUUUGGUCUGCAGCAUAACAUCUUAUGAUCAGGCCUACAGUUACUUGUUUCAAAAGCUGUUUAAGCUUCAUUAAGAAUGGAUUAGAAAGACAGGUUUGCUUUUUCUUUUUUCCUUUUGUGGCAAUGAACUGCAUCUGAAAGAUUCUCAUCCCUUCCUCCAUCUGAAAUAGAUGUUGUGAUGUUUUACAGUCCAGCCUAAGUGACACAACAGAUAAAUUCAAGAACCUUCCACCUGAACUCAUAGCAGAAAUGAAAGAUAGAAUUGCCAGCUGCUUCUUGGCGUUGGAUAUAAAGUUUGAGCUGUAUGCGGUGUCAUCACUGAUGUGUAGAAAACUCCAGUCUAGUUUUCUUUACACAGUCAAGGCGGUUGGUUUGUAUGCAUCUAAUUAUCCUACAGAGUAUGUAAAAAGCAGUACUUAGGUUAAUGCACUAGCAAAAGUCCCUUGCACAGGAAUAAAAUCUAUCAAGUGGUAACAACAACCAUCUUUGUUCAGUAAAACAGCAAUGAAAAUAUAGUGGUUUUGGAAGGAGAGUGACACAUUUUGGUGUCUUAGUAAUCCAAAGUAUUGGAUUUGGGGUUUUUUUGUGUGUUUUCUUCUUUCCUAAGAGGUGAGAGCUCUAAGUACUGCUGUACUCGCUCUCUUCAGCACUGUUGAAAUGUUGAAGAAGGAAAACUGUGUCGGUGAACUAUUUAAAGGGUUUCUUCCUUUUGCACUUCCUUGGAUGAAGCUUUUCUCUUCUUUAAUACCGCUGCUAGAGUACGUUACUGCGUACAUCAAAAGUUGAGUUUUGUUGGGUUUUUAUGUUUGGUUGGUUGUGUUUUUUUUGUUUUUUGUUUUAACCUUUUUAGCUAUUACUAAUGAAUAUGGACCAUGAAAUACAGCUUGUUUGAUAAUGGCUCCACUGUUACUGUCACGAUGGCACUUACUACCUACUGGAAGAAGAAGGAAAAUAUUCAUCUGGCAGAAGCAUGUUAUUGCACUGAGCACCACUGGCAAAGACUGCUUUGUUUCAUGCAGUAAAUAACCAUCCAGUGGUAGAGGACUGCUGCAAAUUGUUAAAGGUUUGACAAUCUCUGCAACUCCUGAAUGAACACUCUGAACUCUUCUGAUGGUGCCAAUACUUUUCAGACUGUGUCACAAAACAACUAGGAACAUGUAUCUGAUUUUUUUAUAUAAAAAGACAUUUCUCUUUCGAUUUUAUUUUUUUUUCUUGUUACUGAAUCCUUUGGGAAUUCCAGAUCCAAAGAAGGGCAAUGCACAGUUGGCUUCUUGAUUUAUUUUCUUCCUCUGCACAGAUGGCACAAUGGGAUUUCCAGCCAGAUCCAUUCCACUUUUUGUUUGUUUGUUUGUUUUUAGUAACCUGGACAUUGUCAGAGAACUUCAAAUUCAGAUGUUGUUUUCCCCACUGACAGAUGCCAACUUUGGCAAAAUUCUAUGUGAAACGUCAUUUCUUUCAAUCAGGUUUAGGUUGAUGUACUUGUCUGGGAACUUUUAAUAUUUUUUUUUUUAAUCUAAAAGUAAUAUUGGUCAUUGUAACUUAAUAUUGAAAGUUGUUGUCCUACCUGCAGAGGAAUAUGGGCUCGAAUAAUGGGACUUUACAAAGAACAGUAUUUAAAAUAUAUAUAUUUUUGUUGAAAAUUUUUACUUCUCAGGGUGCAUCUGUGUUUCUUUUUUUUUCUUAAGAGAUCUUGUUUUCCACUGUAAAUAGGAUGGGAUACGGAUGAAGUGAUAUCCAUUGUGCCUUUAAACUGGUAAACUAAAUAGUAUAGUGUCAUUGCUAUAGCAUCAGUGAAUUGAAUAAGUGCUUUUGUAAUCACGUAUGUGUGAAGGGUUUCAUUCUCUGUUGCUUUUUAGGUGAUAUAAAGGAGGUUUAAAUUGACAUUUAGUUGUUCAUACUAAGGGAUGUUUUUCUUUCUGUUGUGGCUUCUGUUUGAAGCUGGUUUUAUGAGAAGUUCUCUACCGUAACUUGAAAGAUAAAUUGAAAUCUACUCUUUAUUUGGCCUAUUUAAAACUCAGCUGUUGCUAAUGUCAUUAAUUCAAAUAGCUGUGAAAUAAUUGGGAAAUAUAUUUCAUCUAUAAUUUUACACUUUAGCCUUCAAUCAGUGGGUAAGAAGCUCUUUUAGCUGUGGAUUUAUAGCUCCAAGAUGUCUUCCAGCAAAGCAAGGAAAGGCUGGACUUUGUGUAUCUGAUAUUUCUAAGAUAAGAAAAUGAGAUACUUUUAGACCUUCCUUAUAUCACAAUGAAGCAAACCUAAGUUGCUGUAUUUUGUGGUUUUGUUAUUUUAUACUUAGGUGUGUAUAUAUGUACACACAUACGUAUAUGUACACACAUAUAUAAAUCUCAAUGUUUUACAUGUAAGAAUUACUUUAGUGUAGUACACAUAACAGCAGAAGGUGUUCUCUAGCAGUUGUGUUUUAAAAUGUUGUUCUACAGGUGAUGGAGGGGACUGUGUUUCUCUCCAUCUGUGCAACAGGAAAAGCCUGGGGCCUGGGCAGUACAGGUGUGCUGGAUUUCCUGUGUUGCUUUGCCAAAGUGCCUUUUGUUUUGGUGAGAGGUAUUACAAAGUAUGGUAGAGUGGGAAUGCAAAGUCUGAUAACUGCAUUCUCUCUAUAUGUAUUCAUAAUCAUGAAUUGUUUUGGUAGACUCAAUAGCUUUCUGGAUGUGGAUGAAGCUGCUAAUGUUUAAAUUAUGCACUUAAUGAAGUACAUUAGUGUGCAGGACUUGUGUAGAACAACUUUGCACAGCAGUUUGGAACUUCUAAUCCCCACAUACUUAGAGAUCCAAAUUUGAGACCAAAAAUAAACCAACAAAAUAGGGGAAGCUCAUUGUAUUUUAUCUUGCCCAAUUCUUAGGGCUCUCGUGUCAUCCUUUCCAGAUAUAAGAUGACCAGUAAUCAUGGUACGCAGUGAGUGGAACAUAUCUCAGUAAGUGCUGUUUCUUUGGAAGUUAGACAUCUGGUUUAAGGGAGGAAUCUGGGCACCUCUGGAGGGCUAUUCAUCUCCUCCUUAGAUAUUUGAGGAAAGUCAAAUGAAUUGUUUCCUGGGGCCUCCCUGGGGAGGCUCUGGAAGCUGUGAUUUAGCUCAGGUUAGAUACUUUGCUUUAGAAUACUAAACUGAGGUCAGUUCCAUUCAGCAUUGCACUACCAGCCUUGGAAUAGCAAAAAUCAAAAUUAGAACAUCCAUCUCCAAACAUUAAAACCUUCGAAAAUCUAUCCGGAAGGAAGCGAACUAAAGAGAAGCUGACUUGAAAAGUCUGUUUUUUAUAAUGCCAGGAACUGUUUCUACUCUUGAGUCCCUUGCCAAUGCCCAUGGUGUCUUUCUUAAAUUGAAAUGCAUCCCCUUUCUCUAUUUUAAAACAUCAUCUACCUAACUGGCUGUAUGUAUAGUUCUGAAAAUGCAUGAGAUUAACUGGAAAACAUAAUAUAUUGCAGUUAUUUUUAUAAUCUUUCAUGUUGCUGUAAUUAAGACUAUGACUACUUUAAGUGCUCUCCUGUCAUCAGAAAUGUUACCCACUGUGCACUUGCAAAAUUGUGUGUUUAGUCCUAAUUUAUACUGUGUGUACUUAUUGCAUCUUAUGGGACAUGUUUCACAUAUCAAAUCUGCAGCACUGCUAAAUAAACUAGAUAAAAUGUAGCAUUUUCUUAUACGGAGCUUGGGAGUGGCUUUAUGUAUGGAUUUACGUGUUCAUUAUUACUCUUUUGCAAUGAUUCCGUAUGUUGUAGCUUUUGGUAUUUCUAGGCUGAAGAUUCCUGUUUUCAUGCAUCUGUACAUGCUGUGUUAGACACGGUCAACUUUUUUUUUCCAAAAUAAAAGUGUUUGUCUUUCACUGAGAUGGUAA